UCCCCCUCCUACCCGGUUGGGCUGUGUGAAUGAAGCUCUGCCGGCUACGUGGGGCGCUAGCUCAACUUAGUGUCCUGGACGCCAGAGCAGACCCAGCGUGCUGCCCACCGGUAUUGGACACCGGCAUCGCGGCUCCUGACUUUAGUGACAGAUUUGGAGCUUUUAGCACCUUGUAGAAAGGACCACACAGUUGCCAUUCGAGCUACUCUUCCUGCAAAACUGAGGGGCUCUGGGAAACUCUGGGCCUGUGACCCCAGCGUGGAAGAGGAUAAGAUCAAGAUGGCCAUGUGGCAGGGAACCAUGGAUAACAGAGGCUUUCCGCAGGGGAGUUUUAGUAGCUUCCGGAGUAGCUCCAGUGAUGAGGACUUGAUGGACAUUCCAGGGACAGCUAUGGAUUUCUCCAUGAGAGAUGAUGUUCCUCCAUUAGACCGAGAAGUAGAAGAGGACAAGUCAUACAAUGGUGGAGGAAUAGGUUCUUCAAAUAGGAUCAUGGACUUCUUGGAGGAGCCAAUUCCUGGUGUAGGGACCUAUGAUGAUUUUAAUACAAUUGAUUGGGUGAGAGAGAAGUCUCGAGACCGGGAUAGGCACCGAGAGAUUACCAAUAAAAGCAAAGAGUCAACAUGGGCCUUAAUUCACAGUGUGAGUGAUGCUUUUUCUGGCUGGCUGUUGAUGCUCCUUAUUGGGCUUUUAUCAGGUUCUUUAGCUGGUUUGAUAGACAUCUCUGCUCAUUGGAUGACAGACUUAAAAGAAGGUAUAUGCACAGGGGGAUUCUGGUUUAACCACGAACAUUGUUGCUGGAACUCUGAACAUGUCACCUUUGAAGACAGAGACAAAUGUCCGGAGUGGAAUAGCUGGUCCCAGCUUAUCAUCAGCACGGAUGAGGGAGCCUUUGCCUACAUAGUCAAUUAUUUCAUGUACGUCCUCUGGGCUCUUCUAUUUGCCUUCCUUGCCGUAUCUCUUGUCAAGGUGUUUGCUCCUUAUGCCUGUGGCUCCGGAAUCCCUGAGAUAAAAACUAUCUUGAGUGGUUUCAUUAUUAGGGGCUAUUUGGGUAAGUGGACCCUGGUUAUCAAAACCAUCACCUUGGUGCUGGCAGUGUCAUCUGGCUUGAGCCUGGGCAAAGAGGGCCCCCUAGUGCACGUGGCUUGCUGCUGUGGGAACAUCCUAUGCCACUGUUUCAACAAAUACAGGAAGAAUGAAGCCAAGCGCAGAGAGGUCUUGUCAGCUGCAGCAGCGGCUGGUGUAUCAGUAGCCUUUGGGGCACCUAUUGGCGGAGUGUUAUUUAGCCUUGAAGAGGUCAGCUAUUAUUUUCCCCUCAAAACCUUAUGGCGUUCAUUCUUUGCUGCCUUGGUGGCAGCAUUUACUCUACGUUCCAUCAAUCCUUUUGGAAACAGUCGCCUGGUUCUGUUUUAUGUGGAGUUUCACACCCCAUGGCAUCUCUUUGAGCUUGUGCCGUUCAUCCUACUAGGCAUAUUUGGUGGUUUGUGGGGAGCUCUGUUCAUCCGCACAAACAUUGCCUGGUGUCAGAAGCGAAAGACCACCCAGUUGGGCAAGUAUCCUGUCAUAGAGGUACUUGUCGUGACAGCCAUCACUGCCAUCCUGGCUUUUCCCAAUGAAUACACCCGUAUGAGCACAAGUGAGCUCAUUUCUGAACUGUUUAAUGACUGUGGCCUUCUGGAUUCCUCCAAGCUCUGUGAUUAUGAGAACCACUUCAACACAAGUAAGGGGGGUGAACUGCCUGACAGACCUGCUGGCAGGGGAGUCUACAGUGCAAUGUGGCAGCUGGCUUUGACACUCAUACUGAAAAUUGUCAUUACUAUAUUCACCUUUGGCAUGAAGAUCCCCUCUGGCCUCUUUAUCCCUAGCAUGGCUGUUGGUGCUAUAGCAGGUCGACUUCUAGGAGUAGGAAUGGAACAACUAGCUUAUUACCACCAUGACUGGGCCAUCUUCAAUAGCUGGUGUAGUCAGGGAGCUGACUGUAUCACCCCUGGCCUUUAUGCAAUGGUUGGGGCUGCAGCCUGCUUAGGUGGGGUGACUCGGAUGACUGUUUCUCUUGUUGUCAUAAUGUUUGAACUGACUGGUGGCUUGGAAUACAUAGUGCCUCUGAUGGCUGCAGCCAUGACAAGCAAGUGGGUAGCAGAUGCUCUUGGGCGGGAGGGCAUCUAUGAUGCCCACAUUCGUCUCAAUGGAUACCCCUUUCUUGAAGCCAAAGAAGAGUUUGCUCAUAAGACCCUGGCAAUGGAUGUAAUGAAACCCCGGAGAAAUGAUCCUUUGUUGACUGUUCUUACUCAGGACAGUAUGACUGUGGAAGAUGUAGAGACCAUAAUUAGCGAAACCACAUAUAGUGGCUUUCCAGUGGUGGUGUCCCGGGAGUCCCAAAGACUUGUAGGCUUUGUCCUCCGAAGAGAUCUCAUUAUUUCAAUUGAAAACGCUCGAAAGAAACAGGAUGGGGUCGUGAGUACUUCCAUCAUUUAUUUCACUGAACAUUCUCCUCCAAUGCCACCAUAUACUCCACCCACCCUGAAGCUUCGGAAUAUCCUCGAUCUUAGCCCCUUUACUGUGACUGACCUUACACCCAUGGAGAUUGUAGUGGAUAUCUUCCGCAAGCUGGGACUACGGCAGUGCUUGGUUACACACAAUGGGAGAUUGCUUGGAAUCAUUACCAAAAAGGAUGUGUUAAAGCAUAUAGCACAGAUGGCGAACCAAGAUCCUGAUUCCAUUCUCUUCAACUAGAAUCAUAGGAUUGUUCUGGAUAUAAAACAGAAAGGACAUUGCAGACCAUGGAUAUAUUUUGUUAACUGGGUACCCAAAACACAUUUGCCAUAUUUGGAUGGUGAAGUCAUAUUAAUGUGUUGUCUCUUUCCUACAAGUUAACCAGUUGCACUACAUAAUCUCUGGAAAUUAAUCUUCUCCUUAGGAGAAAAUACAGUUAGCCUUCUGUGAUAUUGCAUUAGGAAGAUUUCAUGACAGAGUACAAGAUUGCUAUAGUUUAAUUCUAUUUGUUUUCUUAAAGAUUGUUUUUAAUUUAAAAUUAAUUGUUAGCCAAUAUGCAAUCACUGAAAACUAUGCAAGAAAAUUCCAACCGUCCUGACUAUAGCCUCCAGGAAACUGAUGAAAAAGUCACUUUUUGGGGAUCUGUUAUUGAUGGAAGAUGAAGUUUGUAAAUUAAGGGGCUUUGCUUUUCAAACUACAGAAAGGAAAGCCAGAAGGAAAAUAGUAAUGGUGUUUCUAGACUGUGAAGAUUCAGUUCAAAUGUUAUUCUUGUUCCUGUUACAGUAUUUAGCAUUAUUAGUUUGUUAUUUUUGUAUGUAUAUGUUAAUUUUAAUUCCUGAUUAUAAGACAAUGCUGCUUUGGUUAAUCUCUCCUAAAAGACUUUAGAGAGGUUGACUUUUAUAGCUUGUUUGUUUCUGGUACUCUUUUGAAAUGCACAAAGACAAGUUAUAGAGCUUUCUCCUUGUCUGCAAGAAGGGUAAUUUUUCAGAUGGUAUUUGCUAGCUAGUAGACAAGGACUUUGCCAUGAAUUUGUUCAUAGCAAAGAAUGAUUUCUUCCAGCUUCCUUGAAGUGAAUGAUCAGUAAAGUUCUAAGCAGUCAAUGACUAGGAAUUUCACAUUUUUGUGAGAUCCUAACUAACCCUCUUACCCAGAUGCCACCUCCAUGAAUGAUGGUGCUUUGGGCUUCUGGAAUAUGUAAGAACAGUAAAGGGAACCAAGUCUAGACUGCAUACUGGUAAACCAGGGAAGAUUCAGAGCUGCAUCUGCAUUCUCAUGCAUUCCUAUGUAAAGACCACCAGUACUGAAAUAACUGGAUACUCAUUGCACCUCUCAGCUUUAAGUAUAUAUAACAGGCCAGUGUUGUCCCUGUGAACAUGAAUUAAGCUUGGGAUACUUUCAAAUAUAUUCAAAGUGUUGGAACAGGAUAAGCAGCUGUGACGCCCUUCAGAGUCCUUAGAAUUCUAAAUAAAAUGCAGAGCUAUCAUAAGACCCAGGGGUAUGGACAAGGCCUGGUGAUAUCAAAGGUGCUUGUAUCUCAAUUUCCUACCACCUUUAUUGCAAUUUUUAAAAAAAUAAUACUCUAGGGCAGUGGUUCUCAACCUUCCUAAUGCCUCCUAAUGCUGCGACCUGUUAAUAUAGUUCCUUAUGUUGUGGUGACCCCCAACCAUAAAAUUAUUUUCGUUGCUACUUCAUAACUGUAAUUUUGCUGUUAUGAAUCGUAAUGUAAAUAUCUGACAUGCAGGAUGUAUUUUCAUUAUUACAAAGGGGUCGCAACUCACAGGUUGAGAAACCACUGCUCUAGGGACACCUGGUGGAAUUAAAGAGCCCCCACCAUCAUUCCAACCACUAUUACCACUAUUUCAUUUUCUGUAGUUUGACCCAUGUGCAACCUCCAUUCUGUUCCCUUUCCUAUUCCUUAGUACUGAAUCCUCUCUUUGGGAUUGAGCACUAUGCCUGGUCAAUCAUUCCUAUUACAAAAAAGUAACUCCUAGGGCUAGUUAAAUUAUAAGCCAAGACUUGGCAGUCUUACUACACAUGGACCAGAGGUGAUACCCAGCCCUUUGCCAUGUGGCCCAGUUGUUGCUGCCAUGCCUCUAUUUUUGCCCUGGAUGCCCACGGCAGUGAGACUUCACUGCCAGAAGUGAGAGUUCAUCCUGGCUAAUUUUACAAAUCCAUUCCCAGCUCUUUCCACCAUCCUUCUAGCCCAGAAACAGCAGUUACUUGGUAUAUUACCCCUGGCUUUGCACACCAACCCUCCACCCAACCAAACAGCUUAAUGUACCUCGUUUAAAAGUUGCUGAUACCUGAUUCUAGGACUUUUUACCCCUAGUUCUUAUCCUUCCAAAAUCUAGAAUUCUUUUAUUGCUCAGAACUGGUUAGCUAAGGCUUAUUUUCUUUUUAUCUUCAAAAUAUUAAGGCAGUCACCAGAGUUUCUCCUUAUGAGUGUAUCACUCUAGCAUUUUAAUGAAAGGAAAAAUAGCUCUCUAGGGUACAUUAUAUUACAGUUGUGGCUCAGCAACUUUACAUCUUUUGUCCUUUCCAUGUCACUGAUUCUAAUAUGAGAUGAGAUUAUUUGCUUGAACACCCCGUAUAUUGUGUAGAAAUCAAAGUUCUUAUUGUGUAUUUCUGGUUCAAUACCCGUCCUAUUAGUUGCCCUUCCCUACUAAACUUUGCAAAAUGGGAAAGGUUACUAUUUCUGUAUUUGAUGGCAAUGAAAAGUUUGGUCAUAUUUCAUAGAGCAGCAGCAAUAUGGAGGGUGUCUUAAGUUUGCCUUUUUGUUUCUUUUAAGCUCUGUUCUUGAUUAUAGACAGAUGAUCCAGUGUUAAGGUGCUACUUCAGAAAAUAAAUUCAAGAAAUCAGAUAACACUGUGCCAAGGUAUACUUUUUAGAUGCUAAGUACUGAUUGGCCCACCAGAGAAUGAUAAUAUCCCCUUGAUACCUCACUCCUGAUAAAUAUCAUUCAUUAACCUCCCGCUUCUCAGGAAUCCUUGUAGUGCAUACGCUAGAAGUAGCUAUAGUGUAUGGUAUCCAUUAUAUGUUCAGUCAUGUGGUUUGCCUCAAAGGUUGGCUAAUUGUGGCUAGAGUUCUCUACUUGACUCCCAGCUCAGCAGCUAGACAUUCAGGAUUCCUUGUCUUGAGAUAAAAGAAAAUGUUCUUUCUGUCAUUGCCAGUUUAGUAGUUGGACAUACUUUAGCAACAAACACAACCAGUGUAGAAAGGUCUGUCAGUAGACUCAAAUGGCCACAUACCUCAAUAGCAAAAGACUGGAUAUUAAUAGUCUGUGAUUUUAAAAUUAAUGAGUUGAGGCUAGACUAUUUGGGUAUUAAAAAUGAAGAUUGUCUGAUACAAGGAAAGUAUUUAUAAGUGCUUCAACAGAAUUGGAAUUUUCUAAGGAAAUAUAUCUGGUAGAUAUCUAGCCAUGAAAGGUGUGAGAGUCUAUAGAUUUGUAAAAGUCUCACUGCUAUAUUUUGCAUCUUUAAAUCUUCAAUUUAAAGAAUUUAAAGAAGCUGAAACAGUUAAUGUAUGAUUAGUUACGUUGGAGAGAAAAAGCAGGGAACUGAUAAUGCAAAAUAACAGCAACUUAAAAGAUCAUUUCUAAUUAGAUGUUUGGUUAGAAAUAUAUUCCAAUGCUCUCCUCUUUCUCUGGCCCCAGCAUUCUGGCUCAGCCCUGCUGUGGAGUAGACGUGGUAUGAUCCUCAAAACAGAUAUCCUCUUGUGGAUAAUCUUACAUUGAUGAUACUUUAAAUUUUCCAGCUGGCGGAGCAAACAAUUAAUUUUCUGAUUGAACUACAAAGCAAUUUAAUUGUUUUGGCACCAAAGGCUGAAUCUAAACCCUUUAUAGGAAGAUCAGAGCAUAGUAGAUGUUCAUUGUUCUACCAGGUCAAUUCUAUUUGAAUAUCAGAAUGAUAAAGUAAUGGGGACUUAAUGUGGUCUAAGGCUAUGAGGUAAUCUAUAACUAAGACCUUAUGAACUUUUUCAGGUAUGAGGGAAGCUAAUAUAUUUUCAAAAAUUUAGCAUGCAAUUGGCUUGGCCCCUGUAGCUCAGAGGCUAGAGUGCCAGCCACAUACACCUGGGCUGGCGGGUUCGAACCCGGCCCAGGCCUGCCAAACAAUAACGACAACUACAACCAAAAAAUAGUCAGGCCUUGUGGUGGGUGCUUGUAGUUCCAGCUACUUUGGAGAUUGAGGCAAGAGAAUCUCUUAAACCUAAGAGUUUGAGGUUGCUGUGAGCUGUGAUGCCACGGUACUGUACUGAGGGUGACAUACUGAAACUCUGUCUCAAAAACACAAAAAAGGUGGCUCAGUGGGUGGGGCACCAGCCACAUGCACCGAGACUUGCGGUUCAAGCCUAUCCUGGGACAGCUGAACAGCAGUGACAACUGCAACAAAAAUUAGCUGGGCAUUGUGGAGGGCACCUGUAGUCCCUGCUGCUGGGGAAGCUGAGGUAAGGGAAUUGCUUGGGCCCAGGAGUUUGAGGUUGCUGUGAGCUGUGAUGUCACAGCACUCUACUGAGGGCAACAUAGUGAGACUGUGUCUCAAAAAAGAAAAAUUAGCAUGCAAUAAAGUUAAUUAUGGAAAUUAACUAUUGCUAUAUGUUUUAAGUAGUUCAAUUACUUGUUGAGGUUGGGUCUUGAUUUUGAUUUCUUAGAUGAUGAGUAGGAAGAUAUACUUGUUACUCCAUACUAUCUUUUAUUUUUGUUUUCUGAAAAGUCAUGAACAGUGCAGUUUUUGAAGUUGAGUUUUUAAUAAUGCUGUCAAAGACAAUGUUGAGAAUUUGAAAUGGCCAGUAAGUUUUAUAUUUCCAAAGUACUUACUGAUAACACAUCACUUUGUAUUGUAAGGAACUUGUUUCCUUACACUGGAUCAGAGCCAAAUGUAGGUUUUUGUGGUGGUAUGCAGGUAUCAAGCUCUUAAAAUCCCUGAGAAAAAAGUAGGAAUGUGGAAGGUAAAUGGGAGGUAGAAUAUUGAGUCCUUUAAAAAAAAAAUAGAUACCUGAAGUUAAGUGUUCUAAAACUUUGUUUUUUUUUUUUUUUUUUUAAACCACCUCUGGGAUUGCUUGGGUUCCCUUUGGGAAAGAAAUUGAAAAUUAUGGCUGUGGAAGAGCCCUGGUAAGAAAAUAUGUGAAUGGUUUAAGAUGAUGGAAGGAAAGUCAUCCCAUUCCCCCAUGCCACACAUUUUGGCAUUUAUAAACUGCUUGCUUAUGUGCCUCGGGGGAGAAAAAGUCAAGUAAUCCUCCAAAGGCCAGGCUUUCUAAGAAAACUAGGGGUUCAAAGCAAUGUUCAGCCCAAGGGAAGCCUAGUUUUAUGGAAGGGGCUGACCCAAGAUAUCUGCUCAGGAAGGAAUGUAGCAACUGUUGCCAUUUCCUAAAUGAAAAGCUUUAAGAAGAUUGUCCUGAAUUUUGAUAGCAAAUUAAAAAAAAUCUGUAUGUUUAGCCAUCUAGCAUGUUUUUAUUAUAUAUUGAAAAGAAAAAGGUGAGAUUUCCUAAGAUCACAACUCAGGAGCUGUGUAAAGUUCAAUCAGUGUAGUGGACAUGGGACAAUCACUGAACUCCGUUCUACUUCAGUUUCAGGUGUUUGCUCCAAAGACAGAAAUUCCGAGAAUGCUAAAGGUGCUAGCAACUUUAAGUUACUCCCCCAAAGUUUGCUGGCUACAUUCUCAUCUCUAAACAUAGGUAUCUGGGUAAAGUUUUGAACAGUGGUAGGGAACAAAAUUGUUUUUUUCCAUGGUAUAGUCCUAUUUUGCCAAAUCACCCAAAAAAGAAAGUAUAUGAUGUGUGGAGUUAGUGUUUCUUAGAUGGAACCUAUCAGGUCACCCAGCCCAAUCUUGCAGUCAUAAAUUCCUACCUCUAAGUUCCUGCCAAAGGGUCUUCAGCCUCUGUGUGCACACUUAUUGAGUGAAUGUCUUGCCUAAAGUUUGGCCUUUUGAGGAGAAACAGCAUGUUAUGGCAUAAAAAUAUGAGAGUUUAACAAAAUCACUCCCUCUCUUCCUAUCUCCUUCUCCUCCCUCCCACCUCACUCUCUGUCUCUUUCUCUUUCUCUUCCACCAUGUCCUGGAUUCAGAUUUCUCUUGGUUUUUACAGGCAUAUUAUUUUGAAUGUGGAUUUUAAGAGAGGGAGGGGAUCAUCCUGAGAACAGAGAUUGAAAGAUCCUUCUGAGCUGAUGGUGCCAAUAGGGCUUUUUUCCUCUAUAAGUGCUAAAGCCAGUGUACUUGUCAGGAAUGCCAAGGACUUUAGCAUCUCAAGGCAGAUAAAUGAAGUAUUUCUUGCUAAACCUUAUUAUCUACUAGUCCAGAUCUUUUGGUUCAGGGGCAGUCUAGCGUUUAGGGAGUGAAAUGACAUCUGGGAAGAUAGGGAAGAGGGUGUGGCUUGAGAUGGGAAAGUUCUGCCUCACUAUCCUACUGGGGGUACCUCAAAAAUUCACCACCCUUCAAGAGCUCUCCCUUUCCUUCUUCCACUUCACUUUGUCCUACCUUCUCCCUCUUCCUUUCCCAUUAUGCUGCCUUGUUAGUACUCAGCUUUUUAUAUAAGUAUGUAUUUACUUUUUUAUUAUGUAUUUGGUCCUUUGGAACUGUAUAAUGAUUAAGAAUUUAGUUCAUUCAAGAAAAAAUGAUGUUUAAUAUUUUGUUCUCUUAAAUUGUCUUUUGAAGCUAUGCUGCUAACCAGGUACAGGCCAGAAAGGAGGUGGGCCUGACAGCACCUUGGUCAUGUACGUUAAGGGGGACAGUGAUGUCAUGUUGGUGACUCUUCUUCAUUUGACCAAGACCAGCCUCCUGUUCUUACCUCUGCCCAUUCACUUCUGCCUGUGAGAAAACUACCACCUGCUGGGUGAGCCAGUAAGGCCAGGAGAUCAGAGGGGCCAGUUCUAGCCUAUGGGCCACUAUUUGAAUAUUUCCGUAAUAAGCUUGUUUGCAGGGCUAGCUCCAAUUGCAGUAGCCAAAGAAAACCUGUUUGACUCAACAUUUUAAUUCCUGAGAGUUGGUGAAAGUUUAACCGAAGCUAAUGUCUAGAUAUCCAGUAGCUAGGCAUCCGAAACUAGCUUUAACCAAAGCUGAUAGAGCUUGAGUUUCCACAGAAAGCAUGGUGUUGAGCUGUCGGAGCACAUCUGAAUGUUGCCAGCCCUUAGCCGUGCUUUCUUAGCUUUAUUCUUGUCUCUUCCUAGGCACAGCCUGAACCAGACCUGUGGCUCGCUGCUGACCUAGUUCUGCUCCCUGGUCAAGUGGAGCAAUGUAGUCUAAAAGAGGAGAAUGUGGACUGGGGAGUUAGGAGACAUGGUUUCUGUUCCCUAUGCUUCUACUAACUAGCCUUGAGAUCUUAACCGCUCUGUGCCUCAGCGUUCCCAUCUUCAAAUGGGGAUAGUGUCAAUUGCCCUACCUACCUCACAGGGUUGUUGUGAGGAUAAACUGAGACAGUGAAUGAAAAGUACUUUGACAAGUAAGUGCUAUGCAAAUUGUAAGAAAUGGAAACAAUCAUAUUAAAGGCAAUGAAAUGGACAAUGGCAGAAGGGUUAAUGGGAUCAUCUAGCCCUUUCUUUGUGUGGCUUGAACCCAGGUCGCCAUUGCUUUAUACAUUUUCACUUAGCACAGAUUUGUAAUUAUGCAUGUAAUAAAGCACAGCUUUAUCCAA